AUGCGACAUAAUGGCGUGGGAUUGGGUGCGCCGGUGAUAAAGCAGGAACCUCCUGCCGCUGCAGCCACCCCUAGCAGACCAGCAGAUCCAAUGGCUUUCUCAAGCAUUCUAUCGAAUAAUGCCGAUCCAGUGCCCAAACCAACUCCGACUCCGUCCGCGAAACCUAGAAAAACCCCUCGACAAUCAAUACCUGCCGCCCCUGCCGUUGACCCUAUGUCCCGAGAUAGCUCUAGACAAUCUUCCCUCGCCCCAGCACCGACACCUACCAUAUCGCGAGUUCCAGCAAAGCGAAAAGCAAAUGGCGAGUUGAAGAAAACUCCUCCGAAGCAGAAGCCAAUAUCGAAGGAGCAAGAAAAGGAGAUACAAUCCAUAAUGGCGAAUCUCGAUGCCGAAGCUAGCGAUGUCGAUAUACCUGAGUUCGAGACGGACAAGAAAUUUUUCAGGAUGCGAAGCUUGAAGAGAAAAUUUGAGGUCGAAGAGGCUGAGAACACUAAGAAUAAGACACGACGGACACUUUACACAGACAAGAUGGCGAACAAGCUUGGCAGACAUGCUGAUUAUGGGGAGGUCCGAUACAGAGAGAUUUAUGCGGAUGCUGCUAUCACGGCCGUGCAAGAGAAAGAGGUCCAGGCCGAGAAGGAGCGGAAGAAGGAUAUGCAGAGGAAGCGCCGGCGUGAAAAGACCGUGGCUACAAACCUUGAGCAGAAGGAACUCGCAUUUGCCAAGGCGCAGGCGGCGGAAGACGAGGUAGAGAGACAAAAGUUUCUCAGGGAAGCUCAGAGGGCAGAGAAGAAGGCCCAGCAGACCAAGAUUAUUCUGGCCCGGGGUGACAAAGGCCCAGAGAUCCGAGCUGUGUCUCCUCUCGAGCCCAAUUUCUCUGGCGGUAUGAUGUCUACCUUCACAGCCGUAGACGCAGAGCCUGCCGCGAGAAAGUCUAAACGUGGAGGUGCUCGACCGCGAAAGUCCAAGGAGCAGAAGCAAGCGGAGAAGGAUUCUGCGGAAGCUGCCCAAGCUGCGAUCGAUGCCGGGGAAGAACCUCCGGCACUUCCUCCGAUUAAAGAAGAGCCAAAGAUUCGAAUCAAGUUGAAUGCCAAGGAGCCCAAGGAGUCCAGGGAGGAAUCUCCAGCCACGUUUGAACCAUUUGUUUCCAAGGGAUAUAAUCAGAUCUACGAUCAAAUUUGGCGCGACCUAGCUCGAAAGGAUGUCAACAAGGUCUACAAGUUGGCUGGAGAGUCUUAUGCAACGAGGGUUUCGAACUUGAAGAAGACUGCCAUUCUGGCCUCGAAAGAAGCUAAAAGAUGGCAACUCAAAACGAACAAGGGAACCAAGGAUCUUCAAGCAAGAGCUAAACGUGUCAUGCGAGAGAUGAUGUCCUUCUGGAAGCGUAAUGAGCGAGAAGAGCGUGAUCUUCGAAGAGCAGCCGAGAAGCAGGAGAUCGAAAAUGCGAAGAAGGCAGAAGCAGAUCGAGAAGCUAACAGACAGAAGAGGAAACUCAACUUCCUUAUCUCUCAGACUGAGCUGUACUCGCAUUUCAUUGGGAAGAAGAUCAAGACUGAUGAGGUUGAGCGGUCGACUGAUCACCCUGAUGUUGCUGUUGCAGAGAAGCCUGAUUCGCAUGCUCGACUCGAUAUCGGUGACCACCAUGAUGUGGCUCCCGCAAAAGUUACCAACUUUGAAGACCUCGACUUCGAUGCUGAGGAUGAUUCGGUUUUGAAGGCUGCAGCAAUGGCGAAUGCUCAAAACGCGAUCCAGGAAGCACAAAACAAAGCCAGGGCAUUCAACAAGUCAGACGACGGCCCAGCAAUGGACGAGGAGGGAGAGAUGAACUUCCAGAAUCCAUCGGGAAUGGGCGAGGUCGAUAUCGAACAACCAAGAAUGCUUCAAGCACAGCUCAAGGAAUACCAAUUGAAGGGCCUCAACUGGCUGGUCAAUCUUUACGAGCAGGGUAUCAAUGGUAUCUUGGCCGACGAAAUGGGUCUAGGCAAGACUGUCCAGUCAAUCUCUGUCAUGGCGUACCUCGCCGAAAAGCAUGGUAUCUGGGGUCCCUUCUUGGUCGUUGCACCUGCUUCAACACUUCACAAUUGGCAGCAAGAGAUUACAAAGUUCGUGCCAACUCUCAAAGUUUUGCCUUAUUGGGGUACAGCUGCGGAUCGAAAAGUUCUUCGAAAGUUCUGGGAUCGAAAGCACAUCACCUACACUCAGGAUGCCGCCUUCCACGUUCUAGUUACAUCCUACCAAUUGGUUGUUUCAGAUGUCAACUACUUCCAGAAGAUGAAAUGGCAGUACAUGAUCUUGGAUGAAGCUCAAGCUAUCAAGAGCUCCCAGAGUUCAAGAUGGAAGAGUCUUCUAGGUUUCCACUGCCGCAAUCGCCUACUACUCACCGGCACGCCAAUCCAGAACAAUAUGCAAGAACUGUGGGCCUUGCUUCAUUUCAUCAUGCCAAGUUUGUUCGAUUCUCAUGACGAAUUUAGCGAGUGGUUCUCCAAAGACAUUGAAAGUCACGCACAAAGUAACACCAAGCUUAACGAAGAUCAACUCAAGCGUCUGCACAUGAUCUUGAAGCCUUUCAUGCUUCGUCGUGUCAAGAAGCAUGUGCAGAAGGAAUUGGGCGACAAGAUUGAGCUCGAUAUCUUCUGCGACCUCACAUAUCGUCAACGAGCUUACUAUGGCAACCUCCGCAACCAGAUCAGCAUCAUGGAUCUCAUUGAGAAGGCAACCGUUGGUGAUGACAACGAUACUGGGACUUUGAUGAACUUGGUCAUGCAGUUCCGAAAGGUCUGCAAUCAUCCUGAUCUGUUCGAACGAGCCGAGACAACGUCGCCGUUCUCCUUUGGCUAUUUUGCCGAAACCGCCUCUUUUAUGCGUGAAGGGCCUAAUAUAAAUGUUGGCUACUCGUCACGAAAUUUAAUUGAGUAUGAACUUCCUCGACUAAUUUGGCGCGGAGAUGGCCGACUCGACAUGCCUGGACGGAACAAUGACAAGGCUGGAUUCAGGGGGAAGUACUUGGACCAGCUACUGAACGUUUGGAAGCCAGAGAACAUUCGCCAAAACAUGCAAGACGACCGAGCCUUCUCGUGGCUCCGAUUCGCAGAUACUUCUAUUGAUGAAGCAUCGAAGGCAUUUCGCAAGGACGUGUUCUCUCGGGCUGUGGACCUUGCUCAGAAACCCCGAAGCCUUGGUGCUCUAAGCGUCGUCUACGAUGAGGAGGGCGAAAAUUACACUCCUGCCCAGGCACUUCUGCAAAUUGUUGAUCGCAGUGAUCGAAAGCCACUGGCUGGGGUCACGAAUGAAGGCUAUCUCAACAAGCUUUUCAAUGUUUCCAAGGACGUCUGGGCAGAUUCUGGCAUCAGCCGACUUGAGCAGUGUGGCCGACCAGGUGCCACAGCUCCCCCUAUUGAAGUUGUCUGCUCGAGCCGUGGCGCUAUCAUUGACAAGGAGAACGUCCUCUUCAAUAUCCCUGUUCGUCGGGCUCUCUAUGGUCCAUCCCCACUUGAGGAGAAGACCUUGAUCUCUUCCAGGGUUCCGCUUCAGUUCUAUCCACCGCCAAAGAUGCUCCCUGCACCAACCUCCGAGAAACAACGUUUCACGAACAUCAAGGUCCCCUCGAUGCGUCGCUUCGUUACUGAUUCAGGCAAGCUGGCUAAGCUCGACGACCUGCUCUUCAAGCUCAAGGAAGGGGGUCACCGUGUGUUGCUUUACUUCCAGAUGACGCGUAUGAUUGACCUCAUGGAAGAGUACCUCACCUAUCGCAACUACAAAUACCUCCGACUUGAUGGAUCUACCAAGCUCGAAGACCGAAGAGACACUGUCCACGAUUUCCAGACAAGACCCGAGAUCUUCAUCUUCUUGCUCAGUACUCGUGCUGGUGGUCUCGGUAUCAAUCUCACCAGUGCUGAUACUGUUAUCUUCUACGAUUCUGAUUGGAAUCCAACAAUUGAUUCGCAAGCCAUGGACAGAGCCCAUCGUCUUGGACAAACCAAGCAAGUUACAGUCUACCGCAUGAUCACUCGUGGCACGAUCGAAGAGCGUAUCCGCAAGCGAGCAUUGCAAAAAGAAGAAGUGCAAAAGGUUGUCAUGACCGGUGGAUCCGGCGGCGGUGUCGACUUCAACACUAGGUCAAAGGAGAACCGGACGAAGGAUAUCGCGAUGUGGCUUGUGGACGACGACGAAGCGGCGGAGAUUGAGAGGAAGGAAGCUGAGCUUGCAGCCCAGGAAGCAAAGGAGCCCGAGAAAGUGAAGAAAAAGGGUGGGAGAAAGCGGAAGGCGGACGCCGCGGGGAGUUUGGAGGAUUUGUAUCACGAGGGUGAGGGCCACUUCGACGAUGGAUCCAACCGACCUUCCGGAGCAGCGACCCCUAUUCCUGGUAUGGGCGGUGAUGCGCCUCUCGGACCUAAAGGCAAGAAACCCAGGAAGGUGGGAAAGAAAGCCAAGACUGCUAAGCAACGAUUGGCGAUGGCGGAUGGAGAUGUGGAUAUGGGUUGA